AUGGGUGUAAUAGACUUGCCUACUGGUACUGUCAAUGCAUUAGCCUUUUCGAUGGAUGGACGUUAUUUGGCCAGCGCCAGCGACGACAAAACGGUGCGCGUUCACGACAUGCAACGUGGGUUGUCAAAAAUUUGGGAACACAAAGGCACCUACCCAUACACUGCUGUCGCAUGGAGAGAUGACAUUCUAUUCGUUGGUGAUGAGGGAGGGGGGAUUAUCUGCUCUUAUCCCACCUUGAGGUGGCCACGUCGACGAACAAACGAGGUCAUACAUGAGGCCUCUUCACCUGUCGCAGUUAUUGAAUUCAACGAGAGCGGUGAUCAUCUUCUUAUCUGCUCAGGUGCCGACGUUUUACUCUUCAAGAAUUCGAAGAUGGGUUCCGGAGCAUGGCGAUAUACAGACCGCCUGCCACGUCCUGCGUUUGGCGAGACUGAGAAUUUCGCCCAACCUCCGAUUCUAGCGACAGGCGUACAUUUUCUCGAGAGUGAUAAUGAGUGUCUUAUUGCAUACUACCAUCAUGGUUUUUGGAAGUGCAACAUCGACGCUUGGGAGACGACUCGUAUCUGGGGUCCAGACGAGAAAAUAGGAACUUCUGCUAAAUCCCCAGACUCAACUUCUUUGGUGGCGACAAAUAUACGCAAUGGUCUGGAUUGGUCCAGGAACACGCCUCAAGACUUCAAGAAAAUUAGUACCUCGUUUGAAGUUCAAGAAAUUGGAUCCAAUGUUCCUCUUCUUGCUCUGUUCAUCAACAAAGGUCAAGCAACAGUAAUGGGUACGACGAAGGGAUACGCUGUGAUAUUCGAUGCAAAACACGGGAGAAGGAUCCAAACUUUGAAGCACAGAACGGACCGCUCCUGGGUGACCGCCUUAGCAUAUGUUGAACUUGAUGUACCAACCCGUCGUCGAAUGAUAGCCACUGGCAAUGGUAACUGUGUGCAGCAUACACAAAUAUUACUGUGGAAUGAAGACGAUGGCACUCCCGCGAAGGGAACUAGCAAGUUGUGA